UAUAUAGCCGGUGUGGCUGCUCCAGCGCGGAGCCGAGCCUCGCGUCGGAGGCGCCCCACUGCUGACAGCUCCCAGCAUCGUGCCUCCUGCUCCCGCACCAUGAACAUCCUGCUCUGUGAGCUCCUGCUGCUCAGCCUCUUCUCCAGCGUGUCCUGCGGCUGUCAGAAGGACUGUCUGACCUGCAAAGAGAAGCUCCGCCCAGCUCUUGACAGCUUCAACCUUGAGGUGUGCAUCCUCGAGUGUGAAGGGAAGGUCUUCUCCCGCCCUCUCUGGACUCCGUGCACCCAGGUCCUGGCCAGGGGCUCCUGGCAGCUCAGCCCUGCUGACCCAGAGCACGUGGUGGCUGCUCUUUACCAGCCAAGAGCCUCCGAGAUGCAACUGAAGCGGAUGCCCCGCAUCAGGAGCCUAUUCCAAGCACAGAAAGGGACAGAGCCCGGCAUGGAAGAGGCUGGAGAGACAGAGCAGAAACAGCUGCAGAAGAGGUUUGGGGGCUUCACUGGGGCCCGGAAGUCGGCCCGGAAGUUGGCCAACCAGAAGCGGUUCAGUGAGUUUAUGAGGCAGUACCUGGUCCUGAGCAUGCAGUCCAGCCAGCGUCGGCGCACCCUGCGCCAGAAUGGCCGAGCCUAGCCGGAAGGGCCUCCCAGCUGUGCCGUCCGCUUCAACCCAGGAGUGUCUGGGUGAUCCCCCAAACAGCAUGUCUCCAGCCCCAGACCUGCCGGCUGGGAAGCGGGGUUCCUUCUGCCCCAAGGCACUGAGGCAGGCUUCGCCUCCAGGUCUCCACCCGAGAGGAACCGCCCACCUGGGUCCCUCCCCACAUGGCAUGUUUCAUGAUGACCCUGUUGCUACAUCAGAGUGUAUUUUUGUAAUUCCUCCAGCUGACAUGUAAACGGCCCAUCCUUCCUUCUCACCCGCCCCUUCCCUCUUCUGGGGGCGUUGAAGGAACGGGAAAUCGAGCCUGGGGCUUUGACUUGUCGCUGCCAUACCUUGUUUGUAAAAGAGCUGUUCUUUUUGACCGAUUAUUUUAAACAGAUAUUUCUCCAUUAAACUUCUACUGA